GGUUACCUCACAAGCUUUCCUUGCCGUGGAUACUAUCAAGUUAGGUGAGGUCUUCUUCAGUUUGGUCCUUGCCGUUAUUUCAGCGUGGAGGCGUACGACAGUGGUCGUUUUAAAACUAUUGUAGCCUACUGAAUGUUUAUGUGUCCUGAAUAAAAAAGAUACUUAAAUGACAGAGUGGACCUAGGGAAUUUAUUAUCUGUUAGAACAAGCAGUCCUUCCAACAAGGUCUGCAGCAUUGAGCUUGUGCUAUCCUGUGGCAAACGACUAACACUUUCAUUUCUGUGGAGAUAAGGGGACGGGAGGCGAGGAGGCAGAGAUGCCGAAACCGAUCAAUGUCAGGGUUACUACGAUGGAUGCGGAGCUGGAGUUUGCCAUCCAGCCAAACACCACAGGCAAACAGCUCUUUGAUCAGGUCGUGAAGACAGUGGGUCUGCGUGAAGUCUGGUUCUUCGGCCUGCAGUACGUCGACAGCAAAGGCUACACCACAUGGUUGAAGCUCAACAAAAAGGUGACCGCGCAAGACGUGAAGAAGGAGAACCCACUCCAGUUCAAGUUCAGAGCAAAGUUCUUUCCAGAGGACGUGUCUGAGGAGCUGAUCCAGGAAAUUACACAGCGCCUGUUCUUCUUGCAGGUGAAGGAAGCGAUCUUGAAUGAUGAGAAUUACUGUCCCCCCGAGACGGCCGUCCUUCUAGCCUCUUACGCAGUCCAGGCCAAAUACGCCGACUUCAACAAAGACAUCCACAAGCCCGGCUACCUCAGCAACGACCGCCUGCUGCCUCAGAGGUGAAGUCUUGAGCAGCACAAGCUCACAAAGGAACAGUGGGAGGACCGGAUACAGACCUGGCACGAGGAACACAGAGGCAUGCUCAGAGAGGAUUCCAUGAUGGAAUAUUUGAAGAUCGCACAGGACCUGGAGAUGUACGGAGUGAACUAUUUCGAGAUCAAGAACAAGAAGGGCACGGAGCUGUGGCUGGGCGUGGAUGCGCUCGGCCACAUCUACGAGCACGAGGACAAACUAACACCAAAGAUUGGCUUCCCCUGGAGUGAAAUCAGAAACAUCUCAUUCAACGAUAAAAAGUUUGUCAUCAAGCCGAUCGAUAAGAAAGCCCCAGACUUUGUAUUCUAUGCCCCACGGUUGCGGAUCAACAAGCGCAUCCUGGCGCUGUGUAUGGGCAAUCACGAGCUGUACAUGAGGAGAAGGAAGCCAGACACCAUCGAGGUCCAGCAGAUGAAGGCCCAGGCCAGAGAGGAGAAGCAUCAGAAACAGAUGGAGAGGGCCCAGCUGGAAAACGAGAAGAAGAAACGCGAGUAUGCGGAGAAGGAGAAGGAGAGGAUCGAGAGGGAGAAGGACGAGCUCAUCGAGAGACUGCGACAGAUCGAAGAGCAGACGUUAAAGGCACAGAAAGAAUUGGAGGAGCAGACGCGUAAGGCUCUGGAGCUGGACCAGGAGAGGAAGCGGGCGAAGGAGGAGGCCGAGCGACUGGAGAAGGAGCGGCAGGCGGCUGAGGAGGCCAAACUGGCCCUGGCCAAACAGGCAGCUGACCAGAUGAAGAACCAGGAGCAGCUAGCCGCGGAGCUGGGAGAGUUCACUGCCAAGAUCGCCCUGCUGGAGGAGGCCAAGAGGAAAAAGGAAGAGGAGGCCACCGAGUGGCAGCACAAAGCUAUCUCGGCGCAGGAGGACCUGGAGAAGACGAAGGAGGAGCUGAAGACGGUGAUGACCGCUCCCGCGGCGGGCGCCGGGGAGAACGAGCACGAUGAGCAGGACGAGAACAGCGCCGAGGCCAGCGCCGACCUCUCCAGCGAUGGCGUCAACGACCACCGCAGUGAGGAGCAGCGUGUCACAGAGGCACAAAAGAACGAGCGUGUCAAGAAACAGCUACAGGCUUUGAGCUCAGAGUUGGCCCAGGCGCGGGACGACACCAAGAAGACGCAGAACGACGUCCUGCACGCGGAGAACGUCAAGGCUGGCCGGGACAAGUACAAGACCUUGCGCCAGAUCCGGCAGGGAAACACCAAGCAGCGCAUCGACGAGUUUGAGUCCAUGUGAGCGCGCGAGAGGGGAAAGCUGUGGCCUGACAGCCGAUUGCCUUGGAGGCUAAUCUCAAGCCCCCAGUCCAUCCUGCUCUCUCCACCUCACCCCACCCCCAGGCACCAAACCCUCCACAACCAACCCAACCCACCCUGUCCCCCCAACCCCUUUUUGAAAAGCGUCUCCGAGCCCUACAGAGAGGCCAGAGGGGGCAGCCUCGCUCCCCUCAUGCUAUGCCAAAGGUCUCUUCGGCCAGCCAGUCAGGGCCGCUUCGUGUGUCCAGCUUUGCACCCCCCACCCCACCCCACCCCCCCCCCCCAUCAGGAGCAAGGGACACAUAUUGUUAUAAACUGCUUUGGAUAUGUUUUGUUUUGACUUUUAGGUGAUAAGGAUAACUAAAGAUGCUGACAGAUUUAAUUUUAAGAGGAAAAAAGUGAAGAAACGAACAAAAUAAAAAAAAAAGACGUGCUUUUAUCUAAAUGGCCAUUUACAGCUUAACUUUUUUUUUGUAUGUUUGUUUUUGUUGAGCUAGAUGUAUGCUAAAGCUUUACACCCCUGUGUUUUGCAAUGAAUACUUUCUUUUACUUUUUUCCCCCUGACUUUAUUUUAUCAACCCCCAAGCUUUUAGUUUUUCCAGCUCUGUCAUGACAACUGGAUGGUCUCUAUACAAGGGUCAGCCCUUCAUAUGAGGGUGUUAUCAGUCGCUGUUGCUGCCAUGGCGAUCGCAAUUGACCUGUUGACCCACUGAUUGUUACAGAAAGAAAGCCUACAUUACUGCCUCUCCCCUCCCCUCCCCUGCUCCCUGAUCUCCUCCACUUGUGGUCACUCUCUUGGGUGCAGCAGGGCAUGGAUAGAGCCAUGUAAUCAUCAAAAAGGUUGUGUGUGAAAUCGUAUGCAUGAGCUUUUGUAUGGGGUCUGAAUGUGAAUGAUGAAAUGUAACCAAAAUCAAAGGAUCACCAAAGGGAAAUAAUGACUUCAAUGACGGCUUUUUUUCUUUUCUUUUCUUUAAACUCCCCAUCCUUGAAUUAUUGGGGAGGUUGGCGACAUUAAUAAUGUCAUGUAACCUGUAGACUGGAACGGGAUGGCUCGAAACUGAACUCCUGCUUUAGAUUUUUAAAUAUACAGCACCACUUGGGUAAGCUAAUGUUACAGAGCGCGUUGUGUGCUCUGAGAAUGUCACGGCCACGUUGUGGCUGUUAAUUUGUGAUGCAUGGGUUAUCAACUGUUUUAAGAGCCAUCAGAUGCACGAAAGCACAUCCUCCCGAGACACUCCCUUCACUCUCUACUCCUUCCCCAUCUCUCUCCUCGUCUCUGCCCUUUCCCUAGCCGCUUGCUCCAGUGUUUGAUGCCCAGUUGUCAUAUAGAUGGUUUUCCCUGCCUACUGGCACACAAAGGUCCAGCAAUAGUGGGUGGACAGACAGACAGACCGACACUAUGGCAAGUGGACGCACAAGAGCCUUUGCUAGUUUUGUCUGCCUGUCUGUUCAUCAGUACAGUCUGUUGUGUGAAUGAAUACAUGACCCAUGUUGUACUUGAUGUGCAUUAGAUAAAGCAUCAACGUACAUUAAUAUAUGGGUGAUGUAAAAUUUGUAUGAAUUGUUGGGUGUGUGUGUUUGUGUGGUUACUGUGUAAGAGAGAUGAAGAUGUUCUAUAUGUCCGCAUGAUUUGGUGUGUGUUGGGUGUUUGUGUGGUUACUGUGUAAGAGAGAUGAAGAUGUUCUAUAUGUCCGCAUGAUUUGGUGUGUGUUGGGUGUUUGUGUGGGCUGUAUGAGUGUGAAUGUGACAACUCUGGGCUUUUCUGGCCAGAGAGCAUAUGAAAACAUCAGUCCUGAUUGGAGGACAGCUCUCUACCUCAUAAUUGCACUCAUGGCAACUGAACAAUCAAACACUGUGUAAGAACAGCCAUCUGACCUUCGCUCCGUGUAUCAGUACAGUUACCCGUUCUGCUUGCUAAGGCCUCUCAUCCACAUGGGUCCCAAUCUACUAGCCUCGUAACACUGACAGUGCACAAUAGGUACGAUUCCUGUCAGACAGGUACAUGAUGUAGUGAUUUAGUGUGACACUUCUUGAAUGAGUGAAUGAGGUUGGAUGGUAUGUGGAGCCCUUUACAACAGUGUACGUACUUGGGAGACAUUUACCUGAUUGUAUAGACCAGAGCAGCCUAGUAUUAUGCUUGAGAGAGAGAAGGUUGGCAGAAUUUACUCAGUUACAUUUCAUGUUGGAUUGAUGCGUAGAAACUUGUACCAAUUUUUCUUAACCGGUGGAGUAGUGGAUGUGCUCGAAGGUUCGUCCCACCCAGGUCGAUGUUUGUAUUGUAUAAAAAAAAAACGUCCUUGUUUGGUCUCAGUUGAUGUGUGUGGUACCUGCAGUGCCACUGAACAACUGGAAGAAUGUAAACCUUGUAAAACUCAGCAAAGCUGAUCUAUUUUUCUGUGAAUGUGAGCCAGUCAUGGGGAACAAGGGUCAUUACAGCAUUGUUCCUGUUUGUGGAGGUGGAUGCACUUUGGGGAAGUGUGUGUGUGUGUGUGUGUGUGUGUGUGUGAGUGUGAAAGAGAGAGAGAAAGUGAGGAAGGUGAACAUGAGCAACAUUUUAUAAAAAAAAUAAAAGGAUAAAAAAAUCAAAGGAGACUCUGUUACGCUGCUGGAACAGGAGUGGAAAAACUGGUCAUGUUCUGGCAAAGUCUGUACGAAAAUAUCUAUAUAUCUAUUUUCCCAGUCUACCAAAUCAACAAUGCAGACUGUUGUAUUUGAUUGUGAAAAGAAUAGGCCCUUUAUACAGGAUUGUUUAAAGCAGCAACUGUCCCAUCCUUGUCUUGUCGCAAUCUUCAAAUGAGCUGCUCCCCCCUCUGUUAUAAGUGUGCAACAACAGGUUGAGACUUGAGAAUUAUGGUCACCCGUUGAACUGUAGUAGACAAGUGAUCAUUACUGCCUGUAUCAUUUAUGCUUAAAGAUAAACCUUUUUUAAUAUCAGCUAGCAGCCAGUAACCGAUAUGAGGUUUAAUUAACUGAACACUUCACAAAGAAACAGGCCAGUUGGGAUUAAUUAUUUACUCUACCCUCCUAAGUUUGUCCCUAACCGCACUCCCUAGAAAUCUGACUUCGAUAUUGUAGCAGGAGCAUUUUGAAAUAAAAUACAUUUUUAUUUUGUAUUUGCAAACACGUCUUUUGUUUUCAUUGUCUGUUUGUAUGCAUCCACAGGUCAUGUUGGCAUGAAGCCAGAGAUUGUAAGCACUUGUUUGGGUUGAGGACACUAAACAGGGCUUGUAAGCCUGUCUUUCAGUGUCAUGGACACUCGUCUCUGUAGAAGGGUUGUUUUGCCAUAGUGUGAAAAAGCAGUUGAUUUAAAAUUUCAAAAAGUGCUUCCAGCUGAUUUUUCUUUUUUUUUGUUAUGCUUUUUGAAAUUGAACCACCAGCACUAGCAUGCUAGUUAUUUAAGGGAUGUUUCAUCUAAAUACAUUAAAAAGUACAUUAAAACAUUUGCAAAUGUCAUAGAGUCUGUUAGAGUUAUGGCCAAACAUUUUUGGCAGUGUUCUAUCAGAAGUAUUAGUGAGGAGAUUUUCCCCCUAGUAUGUUUUAAAGAAGUUUUGCAUUUGGUUGAAUCAUCCCCUUUAAAGUGUAAAAUUGCUACUUAAAGGCCACAGAGGCAUGAAGCUGUUGGAGUUGUUACAUAUUUUGUUUGUAAUAGUUGAAUUUAUUGGUUGUAUGUACCCAAGUGGGGCAGGGAGGCCUCUCCGUGAAAACUCCCCCGGGUCAGGCUCACCCGACAGGAACCAGCUGUCAGUGUUUUGCUGUUUGUUUUUACUUUCAAAUAUUAUUGUUAUUAUUUGUUCAUAUAGCUUUCUGUUACAUACAGUAGAGACCAAUAACACACUAUGGAGCUUUUAUCCAUUACUACAAGCAUUGGUUAACAAUAAAGAUUCCAAAUGUA